GUCAUGCUUCAUGACUCAGUUUAUGUGCUCAAUUUCGGAAGAAUCUUUCUCGCCGUUGGUGGAUCCGUACUCACUUCACGAGAUCCUUAGUAUCGGUAAUAUGGAAACGUACUUCAUGGUGGCCAAGAAACUUGUGCUGGAAAUACGGAAAGAGCGCGAGACGCUGCGCAAAUAUCCCAUAUUGAUUUGCCCAAUUUGGAUAUCAGGCAAAUCAUUGGUGACUGCAGAUCAAAUUCAUAAACCGGUACGCAAGGGCACAAUUCAUGGAUUUCAACGAAUUACCGCCGAAUCACGGGCAGAGAUGCUCUCCUUUCUACUUUGAGAAGGUGUCCAUUGGGGAAGUAUAUUAAACGAUCUGUCAAUAGCCUGCGUCGGUUGAAUAGACCGCAGUUGUUUGCCGAACAUUCGAUCCGUGACGCGUACUUCCAGCCGUCUGACUACUUUCGUAGCGAUGCAAAAAGACUCGUGUUGUUAGCAAUCAUGCCUUCCAUCGAAGUCCCUCAAGGUUAUUCCUACGUACUCGCUGCAGCAACGUCGUCGAUCCUGCUCAAUGCGUACCAAGUGUACAACGUCACCAAGGCACGCAAGGCCGCUAAUAUUGCGUAUCCCCAAGCGUACGCUGAGAAAGCAGAGGCGAUGUCGUCAGUCGCAGCCUAUCGGUUCAAUUGCGCACAACGUGCACACCAGAACACGCUUGAGAGCGCUCCUCACGUUAUUUUGAGCACCCUUGUCACUGGUUUGAAGUAUCCAUAUCUUGCUGCUGCCCUCGGUGGUACCUGGAUUGCAGGCAGGUUCUUUUACACAAUCGGGUAUUCUACUGGUGAUCCUGAUAAGGUGAGAGUUUUUUCAUGA